CAUGACAACCGUUGCUAUCCACCAUAUUGGAGUCCUUCCACAUGUAAACAAACAGUAUCAGAUUACGACAAAAGAUCAGAAAGUCAUGGUUCACUGUAUCGUUGUUGGUUGUGGAGUCAAAACUAAAAACAAAGAGGGAUAUGGAAUGUUUYGUAUACCUUCUGUCAUUGAGAAUCAGGGAGAAAGUUAUGAAAAACUGACUCAAGAAAGGAGAGAUCGAUGGAUUUCUGCGAUAAGUCGCRACGACAUUCACUAUAAAGAUGUAWUGACCACGGASCGAGUUUGCGGGAAACAUUUUGUUUCUSGUAGGCCGGCUAUGGCUUGGGACAAAUUCCACGAAGACUGGAUACCCACUCAACWUCUUGGGAAAAAGAAUUAUACAUGCCGUAACCCCAAUACUGUCAAGGAGAAAGCAGUCAGAGUCAAGGUUCGUGGUCAAAUUCGCGAACAGCUUCUACAAGAGGCGCGAGAAAAAGAAGAACAUGAAAGAUUAUUGCGGGAAAAAGAAGAACAAGAUAGAGUACUAAGGGAGAAGAAGAAAGAAUGCUUAAAGAACAUCUCGAACGGGAGAUUGAAACCAAGCGACUAA